CCUGGUGACCCCUCAGUUAUCUCGGAGCUCUGUAUACAUAAGUUUUUUUUCCUCUUUGUGUUCACAGGUCCAUCGAGUCUGGACAGCUCCUCUGAGUGAGGAAGUGAAGAUUUUAAGUGCCCUGGUGGUGGCAAUGAAUGGUGUGAAGGCAAAAGCCCUGGGGUGUCUCUACCAGCAGCUGAAAAGCCUCCGGAGCCCAGCACGGCCCUGCAGCCUGGCUGCCUGCUCCAGGAAAAACAGGAAUGCUGCCUUGCAUCCACUUUGGCAGAGCCCACUGACAAUUCCUGGAGGCACCCGACAGUCUCCCAUCAACAUCCAGUGGAGAGACAGUGUUUAUGAUCCCUUUCUGAAGCCUCUGAAAAUCAGCUAUGACCCAACAACAUGUCUUCACAUCUGGAACAAUGGAUAUUCAUUCCUUGUUGAGUUUGACGAUUCUACUGAUAGAUCAAUAAUCGUUGGAGGUCCCUUGGAAAACCAGUACAGGCUAAAGCAGUUCCACUUCCACUGGGGAGCUAUAAAUGACUGGGGUUCAGAGCACACAGUUGACAGUAAAUUUUACCCAGCAGAGUUGCAUCUGGUGCACUGGAAUGCUGUGGAGUACCCGACUUUUGAGGAAGCUGUGAUGGAAGGGAAUGGCCUGGCUGUUAUUGGAGUGUUUUUAAAGCUGGGAGCACGGCACGAGGGGCUGCAGACCCUGGUGGAUGCCCUGCCAGCAGUGAAACACAAGGACACUGUUAUCGAGUUUGAUGUCUUUGAUCCCUCCUGUUUGUUACCUUCAUGUCCUGACUAUUGGACCUACGCAGGCUCCUUGACCACUCCCCCUUUGACUGAAUCUGUCACAUGGAUUAUUAAGAAGAAGCCAAUAGAGGUGGAUGAAGAUCAGCUGGAGGCCUUUAGGAUGCUGCUCUUCACCUCAGAUGGGGAGGAGGAGAAGAGGAUGGUGGACAACUUCCGUCCCCUGCAGCCGCUGAUGGACCGAACCGUGCGCUCGUCCUUCCAGGUCAGGCACCUCCUGGACACUGAGGCACAGCCCCAGGGCCACGCUGAGCAGGUCAGGCCAUAGGUGUGGCCCAUCAACAUCAGGCUGCAGCACGUGGACAUAAUGUUAUUUCUCAUUAUUUUCCCUUUUCCUGCAGUGUAUUCCUGCACUUUCACAGCCAGCCCCAGUGGCAGUCCUGCUAAGUGCCCUUUGACCUUCACUAGAGAAGCUGUGAGGGUUUUUAGUUUUGCUUUUCUGAAGAAGUAAAUAAUAUCAACCCUUAACAAAUUGACUUGCUUUGAGACAGGGAUCAGUAAGGAAUUAUUAAGACAACUACAGCUAAAAUAACAAUGGGAGAGCUCUUCCUCUGCCUGUUCUCUGAAUUGUUCUGUGUAUCUUCAAAUGCUGUUUCAGUGCCUUGCAUGAGUUAAUAAUCCUGGUCAAAAAGUUGUUAGCAAGGAGAAAGUGUGAAGAAGUGCAAAGUAUUAACACUGAUCAGGUGCUUUUGUGAAUUUGUUUGAGAUCUGAGAAGAGAACUGGAAGAGAAGUAGUUUCUCUAGUCACACAUACAGAGACAUUUUACCUUCUUCCUUUUUCCUUGGGUGAAAAGAGGAGAAGGACAAAAAUGACUUGUAGAAUAAAAGCUCUUUCCAUUCUGUUGGCUGCACGAUCCAUGUUUGAUGUGGAGGCUGCAGAAUGUCCACUCUAAAUACAUCACAAGCCAGAAUACCUUUUCUUAAACCUUUUAACAAAUGUAGAAGCUUUUAGCUUUGGCAGCUUUUACUCUUCUGUGUUAAUAAUGUAUCAGGAGAAGAGAGCAGAGGAGAAUUCACCAGCAUCUCAGGACUGGCAAGAGCAGCAAAUUAGGUGAAAAUGUCCAAUUGAUCUCAGAAAACCGAUCACAUCAAAGGAGAGCAAGAUUAGAUAAGGCCCAGCUGACCCUCCCAGUGGGAUUUGGGGAAAAAAAGCCAAAACCAAUCUCUGAAACCUGUGCUAGGACAAAAUGCAGCCCUCAGAAAGGUUUUUGAUUUCAGUAACUCACAGAGCACCAGUGCACUCUCUUCAGAGUUUUGCCUUAAGAUGUAUUGUCUUAUAAAAAGACUUAUCCAGCUUCAGGACAACUGGGGACCAGUUUGUAUUUUUAGCACCUUAUGGUAACGAGGUCCAGUGGUGGUUGAAAUGUAUUUGUGGACCAAACCAAGCUGCUGUGGAGCUGCCACCUGCAGAGUCUUAUCCUGGAGCUGUGGUCCAAUUGCCACGAGUAGUAUCUACCUCUGCACAUCCUACUACUACUAGGCCUGAUUUUCUCUCAAGCACCUUCUUCCCUGGCUCUUUCUGCUUUGCUGGAUGGUCAGAUUUUCUGGUGAGGAGCAGGUCUGUCUGUAAACCCUGGUGUGAUCUUGAUUGAUUGUGGUUUUGAUUCUUGAGGAACUGAUCUUACUCAUUUGCUUCUCAUUGCUGCUGUGAUUCAGCACAAGGGAAACGUGACACUGGCUUGUCAAUCUAAAUCCAGAGCUUUAGAAUUGAUACUUUUAUUUUUAAAGUCCAAGUGUUCAGUUUAAAAGCACUUUAACACUUUUUGGUGUGACCCUGAUGAUUUUAAAGUUUUGGAAUAAUCUUGUUUAACCAGUUAAGUGCCCCAAUCCUGCCUUUGCUUCCUUAAUAGCUCUACCUCAGGCUGUUGUUACUGUGCAACAGUUGUGCCUUUCUGCCCUGGCAAUUUGGAAUGUGGCCACUUAACUUUGGAGUGACUGUACAUGGUAAAUG